GGUGGCAACAGUUCAAGAAGCCCCGGCGCCGGUCACACUCACCCAGGUUCGGGUUUUUCUAGGGAUGGCAUCCUAUUACCGACGCUUCAUCAAGGGGUUCGCCGGUGUAGCGAAGCCCCUAACGAACUUGCUGAAGAAAGAGGAGCAGCUGAUCUGGACGCCGAAAUGCGAAGCGGCGUUUCAAACGUUGAAGAAGGCUCUGACAUCUGCUCCUGUGUUGGCGCGUGACUCGCUGUCAGAACUUACCAAAGCCGAGCGGCGGAGAGUCACGGAGCGGGCGCAGGACUAUUGCUGGCAGGGACUGACGUUACAAAAACGAAAAGUCGAUGAUGGCGGAGGGACUAGCUGGUUGACGGUUCCGCACCCUUUCGCUAGGUUCGAUUGGACACGAGCCGCUCAUGAAGAGGAUGCGGUCCAUUUCGCGGUCAAGUACACGGAAAAAGCCAUCGAAAAGAGUGGAUGGUACAGGUCGGGAAUUCGGGAAGAUGUGAAAUACAUCGUCCAGAAUUGCCCGGCCUGCGUGGCGGACAAGGCGCCGGUACAGAUGCCUCGAACGAUGAUGCCUACUCGCGUAGAGCGCCCCCUUCAGAGGGUUAGCAUCGACAUGACGGAUAUCAACGUUCCGAGAGGUCCCGUCGAUCAGGGAGAGCUCAAUGUUCUUUUAGUGGUCGUCAAUCAUUUUUCGAAACGGAUCGAGGCGUACCCUAUGACCAGCCGGAAUUCGCAGGAGGUAGCCUGGAUGAACCAUCGCCAGCCGGAGCAUGAGCCCCUCGAGCAUUUCCAGACGCCGCUUGCAGAUCGCUUGUUGCGGCAUCAGUUCAAUGAGGAAAGGCAGUUGCGGUAUGACAUUCAGCAGGUGAACGUGCCAGCGCCCGGGAUUGCUGAUCUGGCGGCGUACUCGUUACUUUGCGAUCGGCUGAUGUAUGCGGGGGUGUACGUGGACGUGACGCAGUUGCCUGGGUGGGAGACGACUCGAGUGUUCAUCGAGUUCCGCGCGCUCCAGGUGGCACCCAACUUCGUGCAUAGCGUCGCCACCUUUAUCGGCGACUUGACGAUCCUGCCAUCGCCGAGUCGGGAGCUGACGCAAAGUUUUGUGCGCGAGUACGCGAUGCAGGCGGCCAGAUCGACGAUCGAUCCGGGAUUGUUGGAGCUCAUACAUCUUGAGUUCCUCUCCAUUGCGCAAGAUAUCGCGAGCGAGGAAGAGAAGAUCCAGCCACGAUUGCGGACGGCGACGGCCCCGUGGAGAACGAACAACGCGGUCGUCAUCCCGGAUUACAUUGCGCAGCACGCAGAGAGGUUGGAGGACUUCCCAGAGGAAAAGCCGUUGCAGCCUCCCUCGUCGUAUCCUCGACCGGCGCCACCCAAGGCCCCCAAAAAGAUGCCGAAGAGGAAGAGACGCCACCCGUCGCCAGGAGCACAAGGCAGCAGAAUCGGUGGCGACGAGGAGGUGAUUCAGCCCGCGCGUACGCGGAAUCUUGACCCCGCGCUUGGGAGUGCGGCGACGCUCGUUAAGGCGACUGUCGUGCCAUCGCCGCCCUUCCCGCGAGUGCCCGAUCUCAAUCUUGAUGGAGCCGGGCCAUCAUCAGCGGCAGCAGCCGGGGGAGGAAGCCGAAUGGGAAUACAGGAUCCCAUAUCAAGACCCCCCGUCCUCGCGAGACCUCUCCGCUCCCGCCAGCCACCCCGGGGUGCCCCGAUCAUUGACAUUAGCAGUUCCUCCGAGCCGGACGGUCCAUCCGACAGAGGUGGAUUUCAUGGUGGAGCCCACCACCAUCAGGCUCGAGGCCAUCGCGGGGGCGCCGCGCCCUAAUCCGGCGUGGGAGCCAUAUCUGACAGCCCCUUUUCAAGGGUGUAUUGCGGCGCGACUGGCU